GAGGAGUUGUCGGCGGCGCGCGAGGCGGCGGAGGCGGCGGCGGCGUGGUGGCGCACGCGCGAGACCAAGGCCGACGCCACGCUGCGACAGCAGGCCAAGCUCAUCGACUUCCUGCAGGCAAAAGUAGAAGAGGCAGGUCGAAAAAAAUGUUCGUUGAGCAACAAACUUUUCGGACGGUCCGGGCGGAGAUCUGCCGCGUCGCCGCCGCUACGCCGGGCUAACAGGGAACUGCGUGAAGAAGUUGAAAGGCUAAGAGCGAAACUCGCUUCGAGAAAUGGCGACGUUGAGUAUCCCCCAACUCCUAGAAGAGAGAAACCAAAAUCUGCUGUAAAUGGAAGGAAAAGCAUAGAUACGCCAGACGGACCUCAAGACAAUAAUACCGUUCAAGUCGUUUGGUCGGACGGGGUUCGCGAGCGAGCACGUGCACGCGUAUCGGGCGCGGCGCUUGUACUGGCCAGCGGCGAGCAACAACUACGGGCCAAACUACUCACGCCAGACGCCGGAGAUCUGCCGCAGAACGAGGCCAACCGAGCUUUUAUUGUAAAAAUGGAAAGUCCAGCCCGAUGCGAGCGCGCAGCUAUAGUGUGUGGCAGCUUAGAAGACCGACGAGCGUGGUUAUCUCGCUUGCAGCCCGCGCCCGCGCCGCCCGGCUACCACCCGUCCUCGCUGUGUCUAUUGGAUACCGAACCUGCUGCUGCGCUACACGUCGCCGCCAAUGCUGUGGCAAUAGGUACGUGUUGCUUCUUCCGGCACUAGGUACUUAAGGAGAGCCUUGUUAGGUGCGAGUGUGCGGCUAUUGUGUGUGGCAGCUUAGAGGAGC